AUGACAAGCCAACUUCAUCCACUCGAGAUUAAUCCCCAAACUGGGGAACCAUUCCUCCGGCUUGCCGCACCACACCAGAACAUUAUCAUCACCCCACCUCGACAGGGAGAUCAGUCUGUAACCAUACAGCAUAUAAACGAUCCGGCUAUUUACAGAUGGUUAGAGAACCCCCCAAUCCCGUAUCUACCGGAACACGCGGACUCUUGGAUCCAGAUUGUAAUAAAGGAAUCAGAUGUUACUUUGGAAUACCUACGAAAGAGCGAGGAGGAAUUCCCUGAUGGCCUGCUUCAGUUCGUGGAUGCGUGCCCUGUGCGGCAUAUUAGGGAAGUCAAAGAGGAUGGGACAGACGUUCUUCUAGGAGAUGUGAAUUUCAGAAGAAGUCCGUUCGAGGAGGUACUAGAUGAAGUGGAACGGAAGCAAAUGCAGGAAGAUAAUGCGAAAAAGCAAGCAGGAGACCCGACGAUUGUGUAUGCUAUUGGAGACUGGCUCGCUGCGAGCCACCACGGAAGGGGCAUCAUGACUGCAGCAAUCGGUCUAUUGAUGACCGCUUGGGGGAUCCCUAGGAUGGGAGUUCGCCAUGUUGUAGCGCACACUUUUGCUGGGAAUAUUGGUAGUAACCGAGUUUUUGAGAAGAACGGGUUUGUGAACAGAGGGCUGUUCGACAACGGGAAAAUAGCUAGAGGAGAGAAGAAGAUAAUGACCCUUCUUGAGUGGAAACACGAACAGUAG